AUGAACACAUAUCAGGCAAUACCCGGCAAAACCUUGAUUCAAGUGGGUGAUGACAAGUUGGAGGUCCGCCGUAUGGGGCUACAGGCCUUUCUAGCCCAUAUAGUUAACGAUCCCGUGCUCUCAAACGAAAAGUGCGUGGACGAGUUCCUGCAUAAGCCUCCCGGGGAAUGGAGUCGAACAAGUGAUUUUGAAAAAACUCCGGACAUAAAUAUUGGGCACCCAAAAGAAAUCCCGCUAAAGAUUUGUAAAAGCCUGGCGACAGUUGGUGACGUCGAACCGAAUCUAAAACCGUUAUUAGACUUAGCUAUUAAGCACCACGACGAGUCAAUCGAUAUCGACACGGAGUUGAUGAACGGCGAGAUGGUAAAUGUUUUGGGGCCCAUACAAGAUUUGGCGGGCUACGGACGGGCUGUGCAGAAAAUCUUGACGAGGCGGAAUGACCUGCAAUUCGAUUGUCAAUAUAAAAGUAAGAAACUGGAUCUAGCAAAAGUUGAUAGGGAUGCUACGCAGCAAGGAGAGAGGACAACAAUGUCGCUGGCGAGAAUGUUCGGGACGCCGGCAGAGACUUUGAAGCAAGAGAAUCUUGCGCAAUUAGAUAUUAAAAUAAAGCAGCUCCGAAAACAACGAGACGAGAGCAGGAAUAUAUCAAUGGACGCUGAUGCAGUGGUCACCAACGAGCUGUAUAGAUGGGAGAGGAUAAAGGAAGGGAAGACCACUGAUAUGCUUCGGGCAAAGGCUCACUUAAACAUCGUACGGCUCGAGAAGCAAAUUCAAAGUUUGCAGAAGUUUGCGAAUGAAGUAGAGAAUGUCGAGCAAACUCCUAUGCUGAGCCGGGAGGAGUACUUCAGGAAAAAAAUCGAUAGUGAAUUGGAUGACAUGCUCUUCACGCAAAUACCCGGGCUGGCACAAGGGCCUCCCGACUUUGAGAAGCUCUUAGAAAACUCCACGGAAGAAUACAUAGACUUGACAAAAUUGAGAACUCAUGCACACGAUCUUCUGGCGGAUGAAGAGAUAGGGGAGAUAUUAGACGAGAAUAGUUGA